CCUUCUCUCUAUACCAGAGCAAGCGAUUUGUGGCGAUUGUCUUCCGAACCUGGGAUGGAGAAGCCUACUAAGUCUCGUAAGAAGGGAGGGAAGGCAAAGGAAGGAGGGAAUGCUGAAGAAAACAUUGCUGAUGCAACUAGGCGUUCAUGGAAUCAAAGGUUGGAAGAUGCACUUCUUAAUGCAAUGAAGGAAAUGGUUGUCAAAGGUGAAAGAAUUGAAAAUUCUUUCAAAUCUGGAUACUUGAGGAAAGUUGAGGGAAUGUUACUUGUUGCUUUGCCUGGCACUAGCAUUCGUGCCAGUCCUCAUAUUUCGUCUAAGUUGAAGGUUUGGAAAAAAAACUAUUACUCUGUAAAGGCUAUGCGUGGCUCUAGUGGGUUCGGAUGGAAUGACUCAACACAUAUGAUAGAAGUAGCAGACGAUAAAAUUUGGGAGGACUACUGCAAGACAGACAGUAAUGCGCAGGGGCUAAGGUUCAAGUCAUUCCCUUACUAUGAUGAUUGGUGCAUGAUUUUUGGGAAUGACAGAGCAACGGGAGAGAUGGCUGAGAGUGCAGCAGAUAUGGUUGAGAACUUAGAUGAGGCUGCCAAUGAAGGUGGUGGUAAUUCAACCACGGUGAACAACACUGACAAGUCACCUGAAGAGCAUUCGAAGAAAAAGGCUAAGGUUUCUGAGAACAUCUUGGCUGGAAUGAAUAAUUUUGCCGACAAGUUGGGGAUAUAUUUUGAGAGGUCUGAUGCUAAGAUUGAGAUGCUUGGAGGUAGGAUGGGUUAUGCACAUGACCUCUCAAAGAAAAGAGGUGAAGUUAAUGACGCACUUAGGAAACUUCCAAUCACAGUUGAGUCUAGGGUCGUUGUCGGAAUGGCAAUCACCCAAGAUGCACAAAAGGUUGAUCACUUUUUCAGCCUUGAUGAUGAGGAAAAAAUGGUAAUGGUGAAGAAGUUGGGUGGUGAAGAAGUUGUGUGACUUGUGUCCUUAAAUUUCAAGUCUACUGGGAACAAAAACUUAAAACUAUGUUUAUUUUAGCUUUUGUUGGCCAGUGUGGGGUGCACUUUUAACAAAUAUGAUGCCUUUUGUGAUGCACUUUUGGAACAGGAGCGUAACUUUAUGUUAUGCCUUUUUGUGAUGGCUUUAGCAUGUUAUGUGAUGG